AUGUUCCCAGCCUUAGAAACCGAGCUCAAGCAGACCCUACCUGACCCCUAUGAAAAUUUCAUGUUCCACCACCUGCAGUACUACGGCUACUUUAAAGCUCAGAGAGGCAGCUUACCCAACUCUGCAACACAUCAACAUGUCUGGAGGAGUAACUCUCGAUUCCUGUUGAAUGGCUCUUUUGGGGAAAGAGACAAUUUGAUACCAGACCCCCUGCAAAAAGAGAAGCUUCUAUGGCCUACCUGCUUUUCUUCAACUGUGCACAGGCAGCUAGAAGCCAUGAGCAGAGAUUCACUUAUACGGAAUUCGCCACUUCUUAAGAGCAGACAGCUUCUUUAUGAUGAGUUGGGUGAUGUAAACCCACGCCUUCGAGAACCCCGAGAUCUCUUUGCACUCUUUUCUAGCAGCAGGCCGCUGCUGGCUCCAAGAUGGCCAAUAGAAUGUGAAGUCAUCAAAGAAAAUGUUCAUCAUAUUGAGUGGGUUCCACCUCAACCGGAAUAUUUCUAUCAACCUACAGGGAAUGAAAAGGUACCGGAAAUUGUAGGAGAGGAAAAAGGCACCGUUGUCUAUCAAUUAGAUUCAGUGCCCACUGAAGGUUCCUAUUUCACCAGCUCCAGAGUGGGAGGUAAACGAGGAAUCAUCAAGGAACUUGCUGUCACGUUGCAAGGACCAGAAGAUAACACCCUGCUGUUUGAAUCAAGGUUUGAGAGUGGGAACCUACAGAAAGCUGUCAGAGUAGACACCUAUGAGUAUGAGCUGACCCUUCAAACUGAUCUCUACACAAACAAACACACUCAGUGGUUUUAUUUCCGAGUUCAAAACACCAGAAAGGAUGUCACCUACCGAUUCACCAUUGUCAACUUGCUGAAGCCCAAGAGCCUUUACACAGCAGGGAUGAAGCCACUUAUGUAUUCCCAACUGGACGCCAGCACCCACAACAUUGGCUGGAGGAGAGAGGGAAACGAAAUCAGGUACUAUAAGAACAGUACAGAGGACAAGCAGCAGCCCUUCUACUGUCUCACGUGGACCAUCCAGUUCCCACACGACCAAGAUACUUGUUUCUUUGCACACUUCUACCCAUACACGUACACGGAUUUGCAGUACUACCUCCUGUCCGUGGCGAACAACCCUGUGCAGUCCCAGUACUGCAAGUUACGUACUUUGUGCAGGAGCCUUGCAGGGAACACCGUCUACUUGCUCACCAUCACCAACCCAUCCCGAAACCCCCAAGAGGCAGCUGCAAAGAAAGCUGUGGUCUUCAGUGCGAGAGUCCACCCCGGGGAAAGCAACGGCUCCUGGAUUAUGAAAGGCUUUUUGGACUUCAUCCUUAGCAGCUCCCCCGAUGCCCAGCUCCUCAGAGAUAUCUUUGUCUUUAAGGUGGUACCCAUGUUAAAUCCAGAUGGCGUGAUUGUGGGAAAUUACCGGUGCUCACUGGCUGGCAGGGACUUGAACAGGCAUUAUAAGACCAUUCUGAAGGAGUCUUUUCCUUGCGUCUGGCACACCAGGAACAUGAUAAAGAGACUUCUUGAAGAAAGGGAGGUUCUGUUGUAUUGUGAUUUCCAUGGUCACAGCCGUAAGAAUAAUAUCUUCUUGUAUGGCUGUAAUAACAAUGAUCGCAAGUACUGGCUUCAUGAGCGAGUCUUUCCUUUAAUGUUGAGCAAAAAUGCACCGGAUAAGUUCUCUUUUCAUAGUUGUAAUUUUAAGGUCCAAAAGUGCAAAGAAGGAACAGGACGGGUUGUGAUGUGGCGGAUGGGAAUCCUAAACAGCUACACUAUGGAGUCUACCUUUGGCGGAUCCACCCUCGGCAGUAAACGAGACACUCACUUUACUCUUGAGGAUCUGAAAUCCUUAGGCUAUCACGUCUGCGACACCCUUCUGGAUUUCUGCGACCCUGACCAAACCAAGUUCACACAGUGUCUAGCAGAGCUUAAAGAGCUCUUACAACAGGAAAUCCAUAAGAAAUUCAAUGAACUUGGCCAAGAUAUGGAUUUGGAAGGAAGUUGGAGUGACAUCUCUUUGUCUGAUAUUGAAUCCAGCACCAGUGGGUCUGACAGCUCCUUCUCAGAUGGUCUCCCGGUUCACCUGCUGAGCAUAGCAGAUGAGUUGAACCAGAAGAAGAAGAUGUACAGCAAGAAGAAAAAGAAGGUACUCCAGACUCGGAAACAGCGAAAUGAGCAGCAUCAGAAGACUAGCUUGCUGCAGGAGCUGAAGUUAAUGGAAGAUGCCCCUGAAAGGGCAGGAUUUGCUUCUACUCUGCAAAAACAGCCCACCUUUUUAAAAAAUCCGGAGCCUCCUAGUUCUUCAGUAAUGAAACGUGACAAACCAAAACUGAAUGAGACACGGUUAAGUGGAAGAAACAGAGACACCUCCCUGGAUCCAUCCAAAAUGGCCACCCUAAUUAGGACUAAGAGUACAGAGAGACUACAGAGCAAGAAGCCAGGCUUCACCAUAUCCUGCUCCAGGAACAGAAACACCAGCACCAGUCAGGACCUGGCUCCAGGUCGGAAACCAAACUGGCCUGGGAGCAGAUACCCUGUCUUGAAGAGAAGCCGUGCCACCAUGCCAACGUACCCAUCCCUGCACAUAUAUACCUACCCAUAG